UUCACAUUCAACAGUUAUAUGCUUUCUAUUUUUAGCACGACAGAUCCAUUCCAAUAGGUUUCUCUCUAUUAUUGGUUUAACUGUCAAUUUCAGAAAGCAAAUGAAGCAGAGGUGCCUGUUCUUGAGCCCAAAUUUCGCUCACCUAAAUGGUGCAUGUGAUUACAUGUGUUACUUUAAGCCACUAUAUAUACAUGCACCCCACAGUUAUGAAUAACAUCUCAUAUUAAGAAGUGCUUGUGAAAUUACCUUCGGCUUUUUCAAGAUCAGAAUUCAGAACAAGGAAAUCAAAAAAUGGACAAAUCCCAGGACAUGAGCCAUCAAGCUGGUCAAGUUAUGGGACAAGCUAAGGAGAAGGCAAGUAACAUGAUGGACAGUGCAAGCAAUGCUGCUCAAUCUGCCAAAGAAUCAUGCCAAGGGGCUGGCCAACAGAUGCAGGCAAAGGCACAAGGUGCUGCUGAUGCUGCCAAAAACGCAGCUGGGGCUAACAAAUGAAUAUAAUGGAGAUCUCUCCAACUUCAAGUGGCUAUUUGUCUCUUCCAGAUUUUGGUUUUUGGAUUUUCUGCAUUUGUUUGCUUUUGCUAUCUUUUGCUUUUAGCAUUUUUUUCCCUUUUCAGAUGAACAAAUAAGAUUGUUUGUGUAUCAGCCACUUGAAUGAAGACAUUUUGUUUUUAGAAUAUCAUAUAUUAUAUAGUUCACAGACAACCAUUUUUCAAUAAAAAGACGCAGG